UUGCGUGAAAACGCCGUAACCAUGAUAGUUCUUCAAAUAUGGUCUGUUUCAGAAGUAGAAAUGAGUGACUAUAACAAAGCCAUGCGGUGUUUGAACAGGAAUGCUGCAUUGAGCGAAAAAGGCAAAGAGAAAAAUUAAAAUAAUUUAGAAGUAUUCCAUAGUUGUUUGUUUACAAUAGCUUCUGCCUGUCAUCUAAGCGGAGAAAGCACGCUCCAUUCAAAUCAAAAGGGUUAUCGCCUAAGAGUAGGAUUUCUUGCGACACUAUUAAUAACGUCAAGUUCAGUUAACUCUGUUUAGAUCUGAGUAUAAACCGCAUGAAAAUGUCCAACAUUCAGACAUUCGACAGCUCGACAAUUUAAAGAAUAUGCGAAGAAGGAUACGACGUCACGAAACAGGAGUAUUAUUCGAAAAAGAGAUGCAUUUUUUCGUGCCGUGAUUGUUUCCAUAAAAAAUGUACUUUUCGCCUGUGGCAUAUUCUGCUAUUCCUGUUUAUAAUGAUCGUCAUUAUUGGUACACUAGCAGUUAUAAUCGCAAUGUUUAGCCCUGCAAGAGGUCCAGAUAUGAAAUACUCCAAUAAAAUCGGAUCAGACACUCAUGAAGGCGGCUGUAAAGGUGCUGAAGAGUCCACCACAGCACCAACAGAAUCUUCUGGCACAACCAAAGAAACGGACGAAAAACCAUCAACUGCUGCUCUAACAACCACAGAAAAACCAUCAAUUGCCACUCCAAUAACCGCGGAAAAACCAUCAAUUGCUGCUAAAACAACCACAGAAAAACCAUCAACUGCUGCUCCAACAACCACCGAAAAACCAUCAACUACUGCUCAACCAAAAACCACCGCACCAUCAACCGCAGCACAACCCACUACUACAGAAAAACAAUCAACUGCUCUUCCACCAACGACUAAUGUUCCAGCAACCACAGAAAAACCAACAACCACUGCUCAGGCAACCACAACACAACCAACAACCACAGAAAAACCCACAACUACUGCUUCACCAACAGUCAGUACUCCACCAACAACCGCCGCACCAACAACUACCGCACUAACUACCACUGCACCAACAACCACUGCACCCACAACAGCCGCACCCACAACCACCGCACCCACAACCACCGCACCCACAACCACCGCACCCACAACCACCGCACCCACAACCACCGCACCCACAACCACCGCACCCACAACCACCGCACCCACAACCACUGCACCCACAACCACUGCACCAACAACCACCGCACAACCCAAAACCAAAGAAAAACCAACAACCACUGCUACGGCAACCACAGCACAACCAAAAACUACAGAAAAACCAUCAACUACUGCUCCACCAACAACCACUCCUCUGGUAACCAUAGCACAACCAACAACCACAAAAAAACCAAUAACUACUGCUCCAUCAACAACCAUCGCACCAACAAGGACAGCACAACCCAGAACCACAGAAAAACCAACUACUGCUCCACCAACAACCACUGCUCUGGCAACCACAGCACAACCAACAACCACAGAAAAACCAACUACUACUCCACCAACAACAAUUGCUCCAACAACCUGUGGUGAAGAGCCCACAUCAAAGGAACAGGCAGAGCAUCCAAUCACAACCAAGGAUGCCAAGCGGACCACAGCACCAACAAAACCCCCUGGCACAACCAAAGAAAAGGACGUAACCACAAAAAAGAAGCCAACAGAACCUCCGACCCCACCCAAGGCAACUGAGCCGCAACCCAAUCUGAAACCAACAACUCCUCAGGAAACAACGGUGAAAACUGAGCCUUCUCCUACUACUACUGAAACAAAAGCCAGUCUAAAAUUCUCACCUACUACUGCAGCUCCCACCUCAGAGGCAACGACUCAAACCACGACACGUCCUAAAAGAACUCAGGAUACUACCACAGCACAACCAACAACCACAGAAACACCAACAACUACUGCUCCACCAACCACAGCACAACCAACAAACACAGAAAAACCAUCAAAUUCUGCUCCAACAACCACAGCACAACCAUCAAGCACAGAAAAACCGGCGACUACCGCAUUACCGACAACUGCUGCUCCAGCUGCAUCAGCUGCUAAGCCGACAACGGCAGCAGCGAUUACGGACCCUCAAAGAAAUAUCUUAGAGUGCGGUACAGCCAUAGUUGGCGCAGGUACGGGUGGCUUAUUGGUGGCAUAUUCACUUUUUGACAAGACGAAUGAAACAAACGUCUGUAUCUUCGACACAGAGGACAGCGUUGAAAACAUUUAUGACCAUGUUUUUCCCCAAGUACCGGAUGUUGUAGCAGGCUUAGGACAGUGGGACAUUUCCGGUGACAACUAUGCAGAACAAGACCUUUUACAUCAUUUAUUCAACUAUAAUGACGUCUUGUGGAACUCAAAAACUAAACGUGUUGAAGCUCGUAGACAGAAUGCAAGUAGCUUUGAUGAUUUGAAAUUAAAGGCAUUUCCAACUUUACGGGAUCAUACGCCACUCAACAAUAAAACACUCACAGAAACUGCAGCUUUCAUCAGUAUGAAUGAGAGGAAUUUCACGCAGUUCUCAACCGCAGAGACUUUCCUUUCGUACGGACUGUCCCCGGAGGGAACCAAGCUUAUGGCAGAAAAGUUUGGCUUCAAGGGUGACUACAUGCAAGCCAUAAAUCCAAUGUGUUAUAGAACUUAUCUUGAGAAAGAAUAUUACGUGAACUCCGCAUCAUUAGAUGCGAGAAGGCCCCCUAAUUCCAAAGGAUUGUCCGAAAUUGUCACAGAGCUCACCAAAAAAGUGGAAAGAGGAGGCGGUAAAAUUUAUCGUAAAGACACAGUUGCUUCGAUCACCAAAGAAGGACAUCAAUUUCUUCUUCAAACUACCAAAUUAACUGUGAUAGCCAAUAAAACAGUUAUCACUGUUGGACCAGCCGCACUGAAGAAGAUCGAAAUAUUCAUUCGAAAUAUUACAGGCCAACAAAUAUUCGAAUCAAUUGUUGGUGUGCCUGCAUUCUACGGGGCAGCGGUAUAUGAUAAGCCAUGGUGGAAUGAUACAACUGCUACUCAAAAUAGUAACAACUUGCAGCCUUUGGAAAAGUUCAUAUCCGAUAGGGACUUCCUGGGAAUUACCAUGCCUUACAAUGGUAAUGGAAUCAGCGGAAGAGUUGUGCUGCACACAAUAGCCAAUAACGGAGGAUGCAGCGAUAAGUGGGGGAAACUUUUGGAGAUUUCUCAAUCUAAUGAUGUCAUCGACAAAGAACUGAAACGCGCUCUGAAGUACAAGUUUCAACGUGGUAUUCCCGAUCCUUUGGAGACUACGUACAAAUAUUGGAAGGAAGGGUUUUGGUUUCUUCAGAAGCCUGGGGCCAACUUUAACUCAACGGCCAUUCGGCAGUGGGCGAGACGACCGCUGACCGGACAAGAUGUGUUCUUAGUGAACAGAGCGUAUUACGAUUUCGGUGGAUAUCUGGAGUACACCAUACGAUCUGCUUUUGAGGCCGUACAAGAGGGUUGGAAUUCUGAGCUUGUAAUUGAUAUAUACGAUCCGUAAAGGCGCUGAAUACUUAGAUUUUCUGGUUGAUAUUGAUGGCAUGAAAAGAAAAUUAUGGUUUUGAAAAAUAGUUAACAUAGAUUAGAAAUGAUGGUAGUAUGUGCGUUUAGAGGCGCUAGUUUUUUAAAAAGAGCCGUGUGAAUUUCUUAAGUCUUUGAAUACAUUACGACACCAAGUAAGAAAUCAAAUGAGAAAAAUGAACUAAGCAUUUAAGGAAGCAUUUAGUUUAAAGGAGACUGCGUCAAAAAGUUUGCCGAAAGAUAUCGACUUCUUUUCCGGGAUUGCCUUAGAAUUAAAAAAAAUAUACAGAUAGCCUCGAAUCAGCUUUGUAAAUAUUGAUGAACUUUUAAUUCUGAUAUGUCUCUUUAUCCAGCUUAAUAACGAUC